AAAACAGUAGAUCAUUCAUUGUAGUUGCGAGAGACCAAGCCAACCGGAGCUAAGCAGAGAAGUUGGUUGUGGAUACUUUUUGUUUUCAGGACUCAGGAACUACAACAUAACACCUAUACUAUUGUAUUAAAUAGAGAGGACUGGUGCCUUUGUUGGAAGGAAAAAUCGAGAAUGGGAACAAUGAUUGGAGUUGUUCUGGUAGCAGUUUGCUGCUGUCUUUUUGGGAGAGUGCAGAGUCUAGGUGUAGACCCAUCUCUGGAGGUAGACUUGAUUCAAGGAGUUUAUAUGAGUGCUUUAACUUCACCGGACGUUGCGCAGGUAGCUGGACAUCCGCAUAGCUAUGGACCAGCUUUUCGUUUUGAAGGUGAAUCCAGAACCAUUGAAGCCAAUGAGGAAACCUAUCAGAAACUGAAGAAUCUUUUGUCGGGAAGAGUGCCAGAAUUCACCGUCAUAGCAACGGUGAAUCAGAAGAAGAGGAAUAGCGGCAGUAUCAUGUCAAUUACUGUUAAUAGAAUACGGUACAUGGAAAUCUUUGCCAGCACAAGGAACAAGGAAUUCCGUUUCUACUACACUCACGAUGGACAGGUCCUGAUGGAGUCUAUCCCGUACCCUUUCAAAGCCGAGCACUGGUACAAGCUCGCCGUGACCGUCAGCGGAUCUCAACUCAAACUCUCGGUGGAUUGCCAGGAGAAUACGACGAGGCAGAUCAGACUACCGGAUUUGGAUUUUGAUAAGCCGGGAUUGACGGUUUACGUUGGACAGAGAUCAGAUAGAACAUACUUUAAGGGCAUUCUACAAGAUGUGAAGCUGAUAGCCUCGGCUCAAGGCUAUGUUGCCCAGUGUCCAUACAUGGGUAGGUCGUGUCCUACAUGUGCUGAAUAUCACACAAUGGUUGAGACUAUAACAAGACUAGAGAACAUGCUGCAUAAGAUGGAACUCAAGUUUGAAGUUGCCGAAGCGAGAAUUGAAGAGUUGGAAUCAUGUUCAUGCGUGAAAGACUGUCAGGUCAAUGGUGAAACUGUCCAGCACAAUUCUCAGUGGACUGAAGAUUGCCAACAAUGCACAUGCGAGUCUGGCCAUGUGAGUUGUGAACCUGUUGCCUGUGCACCUGUCUAUUGCAAAAAUCCUAUUUACCAGCCUGGAAACUGCUGUCCAAUUUGCAAAGCUAACUGUACCGUAUCUGGAGUGACCUAUCACCAUGGUGACGUAUUCCAACAAAAGACUUCCAGAGGUGCUCUACAGAUCUGCACAGUCAAAGAAUGCAAUAAUGGUGGAACAAGUACCCAGAGGCAGGAUAGCGUUAGUAACAUGUGUUCUACCCCAUCCUGUCCCGUAUCAGAGAGGUUUACAGUGCCCGGAAGUUGCUGUGAAUAUUGUCAAGGGACUGAUUACUGUGCCCAGGGCCACAGCUGCGUUUCUCCCAAGGUAUGUGUGAACACGCCCACAUCCAAUGAAUGUCUGUGUCCGACAGGCUACUUAGAGGUGAACGGAAACUGCACCGAUAUCAACGAGUGUGUCGUGAGCGAGACGCAGCCUGAUCCACACUGCUACGAGGGUACGCUGUGUGUGAACAUGCCCGGCGAAUACAGAUGCGAUUGCAAGCCCGGCUAUGAGAGGGUUACGGACACACAGUGCAGACAGAUUGAUGAAUGCGCUUCUGGAACACACAACUGUGAUGCUAAUGCUGAGUGCACUGAUACUGAUGGUAGUUUUACCUGUACAUGUCAGCAUAGGUACUACGGCGAUGGGACAUACUGCUUCCCGGUGUGUGGUAGAGCUUGUCAGAACGGAGGAGUGUGUAUCAGACCAUCAGUGUGUGAAUGCCCUCCAGGAUAUGAAGGAGAAGCUUGUGAAAUAGACAAGGAUGAAUGCACGAAUGGAGAGAGCCAAUGUACUGGUCAUUCUCAUUGUGUCAACCUUCCAGGGAGCUACCAUUGUGAUUGCGAUUCGGGGUACGCCAGCGACACUGCCCAUAUUGACUACGGAGCUUCGUGUGUAGAUAUUGAUGAGUGCGAUACAUCCAAUACGUGUGAUAAGAGUCGUCUAUGUAUUAAUACGGAGGGGUCAUACGAGUGUCGUUGCUCGGCCGCUAGUAGCUGCUCUACGGCAUGUCGUACGGAUUGGGGCAAAAAGGGCAACGGAGCUACAUGGGAUACUGGCCUCUGUCAGACCUGCACUUGCCAGGUUGGUGUAGUGACAUGUACACCUCAAGUUUGCGAUUGUAGCGAUCCAGAGAUUGAUCCAAUCUGUUGUCCAAUGUGCGUGUCGGAGAUUCAGCAGUGCCUGCAUCAAACAUCGGCUAUCACCUACAACCAUCGGGAGUGGUGGAGCCACGACUGCAAAGAUUGCCAAUGCUUGGAAGGAAGCAUCAAAUGCAAGCCUGUACAAUGUGAGACAUUGAACUGUCCGAACACCUAUACACCCGUGGGUGAAUGCUGCCCUCGCUGUCAACCACACAGUGAAUGCGACCUCAUGACCUCGGGGCCAAAGGUCACAGCUCCUUCGACGUGUGUCACAGAUACAGGAAUGGUUUAUUCACACAAGGAGAGGUGGUUCUUAGAUGAGGAUCAUUGUUCAGAAUGUGUGUGUAAGGAUGGAAGUAUUUGUUGCGCUUACAACAGUGCGUGUGCUCCCUGAACAUCAAAUGUAACACAUGGGACUAAGGACAACUACGAGAGACAGCAAUAUGAUGUUCAUGUGGGACUACAUGAACAAGAGAUGUUGGACAUAUAGUUAUGUUGGGAGCCAGGAUGAUUGUAUAUACUGAUGAGUUAUGAAACGGACAAGUAUGCGCAAAAGUGUCUGUAUAUAGCAAUAGCAAAUAUAUGACAUUCAUUUAUAAAAAAAAUACAUGUAUGUGUCAGUUUGUAUAUAAAUUGGUGAUUAAUUUGUAUUUAUACAUGAAUAAUGUAUCUUCCAUAUAUUACGUCGAGUUGAAGGAAGUCGCGGUUUUGUACUACUGAUAUUAAAAUGCAAGUGAUUCAUUUGUAGCUCAAUUGUGCUGCUUUUAAAUUUUCAUUUGAAAUUUAUGAUUUUUCAGAUGUAAAUUAUUAUUAUUAUUAGUCUUGCCAGUAUAUACCUCAGCCACGGUCUGAAAUUUUGUAUUUUUAUUUAUUUUUGACAAGCAACAUACAAUACAUGAAAAAGUAUUAGAUUACAAAUAAUGCACAUUGUUUAGGGCAUUAGUAAGAAUAACGCACAAGGUACCUUUGAAACCGUUCUGACAUGCCCAAGUCAUAGCUGAGGGCAUUUGGACGGCUUCUAUGGUAACAAGUGUGCGUAAUUUUAUUCUAAUGCUCAAGCCAAAUAAUGGUUUGUAAGAUAACAAUUUGGAUCCAUGUUAUUUGAUGAAGUAUCCUCAUCUCAAACCAUUUAUACUGGUCGCUAGAACUAGCCAAUAGUAUUAUAUAAAUAGCGAAUAUCUUGCACCAUUGCACGAAUAAGAAUAUUCGCUAUUUUCGUUGUAAAACGCCUAGGAACCAAGCAAAAAUAUUAAAAAAAUCAAGUUUUUCCUUGCAGUAGACUAUGAAACCUCAAAAAUGUAUUUAGUGUAAAAUAGCAAACAUGCACAAAUCCUUUUUUUGUGGUAGUUUUUCAGCUUACAUAUUAAGUUUAUUUUAUGCUCUUUAGCUGUAUAUUACAAGCUUAUGGAAAAUAGGUAUUUAUGAAUUAUGUAUUUGUGUCAAAGUUGCCUAUGUGUACAUAUUUUGUUCAUAAUAUUUUGUUAUAGUUUUAUAUACAUUGAGUGUAUCAUGCCAUGAAGAAACUUCAAAUUUUAUGUAAUUAUGCAAUCAUUUUUGUUUCAAAGAUUUUUUAUUCAUAGCUCUGUGGAUAAGCUGGUAUUAAAACAAACCUGUAGUUGGCUUUUACAUUGAUAGCAUAUUUUAAAUUAUGACUGAACAUUUACCAUCUUCAAUAUUUCAUUUUCUCUUUCAGAAACUUCAAAAAAUGUUUGAUACUCUGUUAAAUUGUGAGACUUUGGAUCUUAUUAUCCCAUGCUUAUCACAACACAUUUUAUAGGAAAAGACUGCCUAGAAAGUUCAGGACUUUAAAAACAGCUACUUUAUUCUGUUCAUGUAAUUUUCUAUUUGGGCAAAGUUUGAUAAAACUACAGUCACAGACGGUUAAAUCCGCCGAAGUUGAAUUAUGGCCCAGGUAAAAGUGAUUCCGCAGAUCAGGACCCUGUAACACAAAAGAUUAGCGAUUAAUCACUAAUAUGAAAGAGCAAUUCUGAUUGGUUCCCAGUCAGUCUAUAGAGGAAAAUGCGCAUGCAACGAUGAUCUUGAUGGCCAUUUCAUUAAAGCAUUUAUUGUUAACCAUUGUGUUAGGGGCCCAGAUUGGCAAAGCUUGUGUUUUUACCUCUUUUGCAUAUAAAGGAAUUUUUUUUCACCAAUGCCAAUUAAUCUGAUCAUCUUAAACUGAUAAGAAAUCCAACAAUGUCAGAAUUUUUGCAUGAAUAGAGAAAAGAAAACAAUGAAUGUAUCAUUAUACAUGUACAUACAGAAAAUAUUUAGAACAAACAUGCAUUUUAGAUCUUGACGUUGCUGGCUUUCCAUAGCUGUGGUUGAUCGGAUCAAUCGUAACUCUUUGUAAGACAGGCCCAGAUUUCUGUCACCCGAGAGAAUCGACUUGGCUGUACUCACCAGUAUGGCUCAGUUAUAUUCUUUUGUAUGAAAUUGCCUGUCAUACUUCCAUAAAUCAGCCAGUAAUCAUUAAGGAUAUAUUACCUUGUCCUGUUACUUGAAAGAUACAAAUCAGUUUUAAUUGUAAGUCUCUGAAAAAACAUGUAUAACAAUUAAUAGUAGGAUCAAUUUUAAGCCUGUUUUUAAAGGCCGCUGUUGACUGACUGUGCGAUACAGGUUCACUUGCAGAAAUUACUUUUCCACAAGUUUCCACAAGAAUCGUUAAAGUCAAAACUUUAUAGCUCAGAUUAUGCAAAACAUGUUUUACAUUACCUCUUCUAAGUCAAAAGUCAAACCAUUUCUGUGGUCUAAAUAGAUUUGAUCGAGGAAAAUGCAAUAAAUGUUGUCAUUGUCUUGCAGUACAAAUAUAAGAUGUAAUAUGAGAGAAAAAUCACAACCCAAUAAAUUUAUUACUUAAAGAAUA